AUGAUUAGGACGAUCAAACCAAAGAAUGCUCGUUCUAAAAGAGCAUUAGCUAAAAAGGAAGCUAAAUUAGUUGAAAACACCAAAUCAGCAUUAUUUGUUCCAGGUUCAACGGGGAAUAAAUUUUUACAUGAUGCCAUGUGUGAUUUAAUGGCAUUUAAAAAACCAUUUGCCAAAAAAUUUUCCAAAAAAAAUGAAAUUAGACCAUUUGAAGAUUCCAGUCAAUUAGAAUUUUUUGCAGAAAAGAAUGAUUCAUCAUUAAUGGUAUUUUCAUCAAAUAAUAAAAAAAGACCAAAGACUUUAACGUUUGUAAGAUUUUUCAAUUUUAAAGUUUAUGAUAUGAUUGGAUUAUCAAUACAAGAAAAUCAUAAAUUAUUACAAGAUUUUAAAAAAUUAACAUUUACAAUUGGAUUAAAACCAAUGUUUGUUUUUAAUGGUCCAAUUUUUGAUAGUCAUCCAGUUUAUCAACAUAUUAAAUCUUUAUUUCUUGAUUUUUUCCGUGGUGAAGAAACUGAUUUACAAGAUGUUGCUGGGUUACAAUAUGUGAUUGCCUUAUCUGCUGGAGAAGUCGAAGAUUUAAAUAAUGAUAAAGUAUUACCAUUAGUUCAUUUCAGAGUGUAUAAAUUGAAAUCUUAUAAAUCAGGUCAAAAAUUACCAAGAAUUGAAUUGGAUGAAAUUGGUCCUCGUUUUGAUUUUAAAAUUGGUAGAAGAAUUACUCCUACUCCAGAUGUUGAAAAAGAAGCUACUAAAAAACCAAAACAAUUGGAAGCUAAAGUCAAAAAGAAUGUCACUACCGAUUUCAUGGGUGAUAAAGUUGCUCAAAUACAUGUGGGUAAACAAGAUUUGAGUAAAUUACAAACAAGAAAGAUGAAAGGAUUGAAAGAAAAAUACGAUCAAGAAAGUGAAGAAGAAGAUGUGUAUGUUUCUGAUGAAGAGUACUUUGGUGAAGAUAUAGAAGAACCAGAGACUAAAAGACAAAAAGUAUAG